ACACUCCAUUCCAGUAGAUGGCGGUAGUGCGCAUCUAAACGUUGCUUGCUAACCGCCAUAAAAAUAUAUUUUUUUUAUGUUUGUCACUUGAGCAACAGCAUCAAAGAUGGUAUAUGACUGUGCUUUCAAUGUUUCAUUGUUAUAGUUAUUUACAGGUUUUUCAAAUAUAGAAAAGUCAGCUAAAAUAUUCUAAAUACUUUAUUAGCUUCCAUCAUUCCAUGAUUUUUUUUAUUUUUUUUUUUACAGUAGGUAAUAUUUUUGUCCCAAAAUCAACAUUAUGCAAGCUGGACUAUGACAAGGCUGUCACUUGUCAGUGUUUAAAUAGUAAACACAGGAUGACUUGGGUAAGUAAAUAAAAAGGUAUUUGAAAAUAUUGAAACCUCCCGCUGUGCUCCUCAAUGCUACUGAUGACACAACGGAGUGCCUUAGAUCCAACCAGGAUGUAGUUUAAGUCCGGGGUUUAGUUUGGUGUCAGCACAUCCUCAUUCUUGUUCAAGAACAAGGAAAACAUAAAAAAAAAAAAUCGUUUGUGUUUUGUAUUAACUUCCUGACUGUAAAUGUCAAAACUACACCCAUCUGCAUCAACUCAUCAAAAAGACUUUUCAGUGAAUGUGUGUAUUCUGCAGCUCACAUCGCCCAGCACAAUCAGGACUUGGAGAAAUACAAAUCAUGGAUAAAAGACUGCUUUUCGUCUUCAUCACAGGAGCUCAGUUAAGCGUUGCCUUUGCCCAAACUCUCCAGUAUUACUUUGUAAACGUGUCUCUGGAUUGGACCAGCGCUCAAAGUGUAUGCAGACGUGAUUACACGGACCUGGCCACUAUAGAAACCACAGCUGACGUUGAUGCUGUUCUCAGCACCGCAUCAAACUACACAGGCAAGGCUUGGAUAGGUCUCUAUGACGAGCUGUACAACAGCUGGAAAUGGUCUCUAGAUGACAGCAGUUUCUAUGGCGAUGGAGAGUAUACAUUCAGAAACUGGUAUCCUGGCUCACCCAAUGACCUCUAUGGACCACAGCUCUGCGUCAGACUUAUUUCAGUGAGUGACCCUUUGCACAGAUGGGACGACCGUCAGUGCUCGGACGUGCGGAUGUUUGUUUGCUAUAAUGGUACAGUAGACGGCACACCGUCUUUUGUUUUGAGUAACGUCUCACUGAACUGGACUGAAGCCCAGAUGUUCUGCAGGAAGAAUUACGUCGAUCUAGCCAGCAUAAGGAAUCAGACUGAAAAUGACCUAAUCAGCGCCCUAAUAAGUAGCACGGACGUGUGGAUCGGUCUGUAUCGGGACAAACUGUGGUCUGACGGCAGCCUGUCUCCGUUUCAGCACUGGGCAGACGGUCAGCCCGGUUCUGACUCUGGUGUUCAGUGUGCCGCUACUGAGUUUGGCUCAGGAAGAUGGUACGACGAAAGCUGCAGCCAGAGUUUGCCAUUCAUCUGUUACAAAAAAAUUAUUCCCAAUGCAGAAGGUUUGAGAGCAUCAGAUCAAGAUGAGAGCAGCAUCACUCUGCAGUGGAAUAAAAUCAACAACAGCACCAGCUUUGUUCUCCAGUUUAAUGGAUCAGAGACAAACAUCAGUUCACCAGAUGGAGAUGGACCAGUGAACUACACAGUUUCAUCUCUCACUGCUGGUACCAGAUACACAUUCACUCUCUUCUCUGUGUUUGAGAGCAUUAGAAGCAGUGGAGUACAACAUACAGCUGUAACAGCUCCUACAAAUGUCGAAGGCCUGAGACCAUCAGAUCAAGAUGAGAGCAGCAUCACUCUGCAGUGGAAUAAAAUCAACAACAGCACCAGCUUUGUUCUCCAGUUUAAUAGAUCAGAGACAUUCAUCAGUUCACCAGAUGGAUUUGGACCAGUAACUCACACAGUAUCAUCUCUCACUGCUGGAACCAGAUACACAUUCACUCUCUUCUCUGUGUUUGAGGGCGUCAGAAGCAGUGGAGUACAACUUGAUGCUGUCACUGCUCCUGAAAAUGCAGAGGGCUUCAGAGCAUCAGGACAAAAUCAGAGCAGCAUCACUCUGCAGUGGAAUAAAGGAGACAACAGAACCAGCUUUGUUCUCCAGUUUAACGGCACAGAGACAAACAUCAGUUCACCAGAUGGAGAUGGACCAGUGAACUACACAGUUUCAUCUCUCACUGCUGGAACCAGAUACACAUUCACUCUCUUCUCUGUGUUUGAGAACAUUAGAAGCAGUGGAGUACAACAUACAGCUGUAACAGCCCCCCAAAAUGCAGAAAGCUUCACAUCACUGAGACAGGAUGAGACCAGCAUCACUCUUCAGUGGGAUGUUGUUAAUAACAAUGUCAGCUUCAUCCUCCAAUAUAAUGAAACAGAGUUGAAUAUAGCACCACCUGCUGGACAACAACCAUUACUUCUGACAGUUUCAUCUCUCACUCCUGGAACCAGAUACACAUUCACUCUCUUCUCUGUGUUUGAGAGCAUCAGAAGCAGUGGAGUCAGCAUUGCUGCAGUGACUGCUCCUGAAAAUGCAGAGGGCUUCAGAGCAUCAGGACAAAAUGAGAGCAGCAUCACUCUGCAGUGGAAUAAAGGAGACAAAAGCACCAGCUUUGUUCUCCAGUUUAACGGCACAGAGACAAACAUCAGUUCACCAGAUGGAGAUGGACCAGUGAACUACACAGUUUCAUCUCUCACUGCUGGAACCAGAUAUACAUUCAUACUCUACCAUGUGUUUAUGAAUGUUAGAAGCAGGGCUGUAAACAUCACGGUUGCUACUGCUCCAGCAAAUGCAGACAGCUUCAGGCAGUCAGAUCAAGAUGAGAGCAGCAUCACUCUGCAGUGGAGUAAAAUCAACAACAGCACCAGCUUUGUUCUCCAGUUUAACGGCAUACAGACAUUCAUCAGAGCACCAGAUGGAGAUGGACCAGUGAUCCACACAGUCUCUUUUCUCACUGCUGGAACCAGAUACACAUUCACUCUCUACUCUGUGUUUGAGAACAUCAGAAGCAGUGGAGUACAACUUGAAGCAGUCACUGCACCUAAAAAUCCAGAGGGCUUCAGAGCAUCGGAACAAGAUGAGACCAGCAUCACUCUGCAGUGGAAUAAAGUCGGCAUCAACAUCAGCUUUGUUCUGCAGUUUAACGGCACAGAGACAAACAUCAGAGCACCAGAUGGAGACGGACCAGUGAAACACACAGUCACAUCUCUGACCGCUCGUACAAACUACACAUUCACCCUGUUCUCUGUGUUUGAAAAUGUCAGAAGCAGUGGAGUCAGCAUACUUGCAACUACUGGGCCAAAUUAUGUUUUGGGAAUGAAUCUGAGGUUGAAGCUUCCCAUCACAAUGUCAGAAUCAGAGCUAGAAGACGCUUUGAUAGAGCUCCUCAGGAAAUAUAAUCUGCCGCCACAGAUUACUCUGAAAAUCAUUUCUUCCAAACCAUAAGAUCAGCGGGGGAAUCAAAUUCUGGAUAAUUCAUCUGUAACGUUGUUUC